UUCAUUAUAUAAUUUAUUAUAUUACUGGUAACUAUUGGAAAAACGAUAUUAUUUAAUCUUGUAGUUCCACCAUUAAUUACUUCUAUCAGUGAAAACGUAAAUGUUGAAAUUGAAGAAAUGGUUUAUUUGUAUUGUGUUGCGGACGGAGUACCAACUCCCACAGUUCAGUGGGUGGAAAUAUCUGAAAAUGGGGAAUUCAUUUAUAUCAACGAGCCAGCUGAUAGGCAAACAGUCGUCAUACUAACAGAUGAAUCAGCAACCAAAAGAUUUGCUUGUCUCGCCGUAAAUGUAGUGAAUCAAUUAGUAAGCAAAGAUGUAGUGAUUUCACAAAAAGAUCCGAAAGUAAUUAUCCACCCAGAAUCGCAAGUUAACGAUGUUGGUUCGAUCUCAAUUUUAAAAUGUGAGAUUCAAAACAUUGAAUUUUACAAAUGGUAUAAGAAUGGUAAGCAUAUACCAGACAAUGGACCAACAUAUAGUUUACAACUGGAGGAAGGGCAGGAUCAGGGUGACUACGCAUGCGUAGGUUUUAGAUCUCAGGAUGCAAAAGACGCAAUGUCUAACACUGCAACAGUAUUAAUCACAGGUGUAUCUACAUUUAGAGUACUUGUUAGAUUCAACAACAUUUCUUUCGAAAUUGGCUAUACAAAUAGAGAAAGCACCAUGUUUAAGUCUUUUUCGAGAAGCCUGCAAACAGCAUUGGAAGGCGAAUUAUCUACUUCAUUCGAAUUAUUCGUCACUAGCAUAUUUUCGGGAAGUGUUAUUGCAGAAUUGGAGAUGUAUUUCUCAGAUCAAGCUCACAAUGCUUCAGCUUUACGUGUGAUGAUAAGUGACGCUCUAUUAUCAUUGCCGGAAUACGAAACAGAUCCUACUUAUGUCAUUGUUACCAGUAUAACGACAUGUAUUGGAGAAAAAGUCAACCAAGGCGGUAUUUGGUACAGUUUCCCGGAUGCUCAGCUAGGCACAACUGCAGAAUCAACUCAAGUCUGCCCACUAUACUCGACGGACCAAGUUUCUUUAGCAACACGUUACUGUGGAGGAGAUUUCGUAUCGGGAGCUAUGUGGAGUUCCAUUAUUAUUUUUGACUGCGACAUCAGAACAACCUCAGAACAAAUUGAAAGGAUAAGUGAGUUUGAGGUUACUGAAGACAAUGGUGGAGACGUUGCUGAUGCUCUUGCAAACGUCACAAACAACACAGCUAAUCUAGAUGAAAAUUCCACUGUGACCGUGUCACGUAUUUUAGAAGACAUUGUUGGUCUAGAAAAUCCAGACGAAUCGAUAACGCUGGACGUAGUUGAAGUUAUCGAUAACGUAAUCGAAUCAGGUGUACUCGGGACAGAUCUGUCAAUGAGAGAAACAUCGUCCUCCUUCGUGACCUCAUUAGAGCGGCAACUUGCAACUGUAGCAGCAGCAGGCAUGAAUUUCACUAGUGUACUACCUCAUAUUAGCGUUAUGACGUUGUCAGUAAGCUCAUAUUCUCUGGAAAACAGUUUGAAAUAUGUAGCCUUUUCAGAAGGUGAUUCUGUUAUCGACAAUUUUGAACCGGAUGACGUGAAGACUUUAUUCGAGCAGAUCAUCCCCACUGACAUGGUAGGAGCGUCCAUAGCUCUUCCACCUGAGAUUAUCUCUAUAAGCCAAGCUCAAACGGGAGAGGAUGAGAUUCGUGUGUAUUUUACUGUUUAUCAGAAUAGUUCUUUGUUCAUUUCAAACAAAUUGGCUAACAAGUCUACGAAGGAAGUUAAGCGGCAAGUUGGCAGCCAUAUUAUUUCAACUUCGAUAGAGGCAGUGAAUGUUGAUGGACUGGUAUAUCCUGUAAAAGCGACUUUCCUUCCACGUUUUACAAAUAUAAACAACACAGAAUGCGUUUUCUGGGAUUUUUCUCUUGACGAUGGCGUAGGUGAUUGGUCAAGUGAUGGUUGUACAUAUAACAAAACAGAAGACAACCGUAUAAUAUGCUUGUGUGACCACCUUACCAACUUCGCUAUACUUGUUGAUUACUAUGAACCUAAGGAUUCGCCGAUUCAAGAUGUUUUGACUAUCAUUAGCUUGAUCGGAUGUAUUGUGUCUAUUGUCUGUUUAGCAAUUACGAUUUUCACGUACUUGUAUUUUAAGAAACUUCGAAGCAAGCGCCCUCAGCUAAUUCUCAUCAACCUAUCAAUAUCGUUAUUUUUCCUGUACCUAGUGUUUGUUAGUGGAAUAAAUCAGACUGGUUCAAAGAAAAUAUGCAUCGCCAUUGCCGCAUUACUCCACUAUUUUGGACUGGCUUCAGUAUUCUGGAUGUCAAUUGAAGCUGUUAACAUGUACCUCGUGUUUGUCAAAGUUUUUUAUGAUGAUAUAGAAUAUUUCAUGCUGAAAGUAUGUGCAGUUGGAUAUGGUGUUCCUUUUGGUAUCGUUGCAAUUUGUAUGGCCAUUGAUAUUGACAACUACGAGAAUGCGAAAUAUUGUUUCAUUUCUUCUGGAAAUAUUCGAAAUUUCGGUUUUAUCCUUGUGAUCGGCGUCCUUCUGUUGCUUAAUUGGGCAAUUUUCUUCUUAGUCAUGUACAGUCUAACUUGUGGGCGAACAAUUGCUAAUAAAAUCGACCAAUCAAAGAGGAAGAUAGUUAUUAAACGUUUACAGAGUGCUAUAGCUGUUUCUGUCCUACUUGGUCUAACAUGGGUAUUUGGAUUCCUGGCAAUUGAUUCAGAUUCGUCUGCACGAGAUGGGUUCCAGGCUUUGUUUUGUAUUUUCAACUCACUUCAAGGCCUCUUUAUCUUUAUGUUGUUCUGCGUACGACAGAAAGAUAUUCGCGAUGCGUGGAAUGGAUGCUACAAGGAAGGCGACAGAGGAAGUAGGGUAAAAUACACCACUAAUACGACCAACAAGGGGAAGGUUGAGGAUCGUAGUAUUCCACUAACGAAUAAUUCUACUGAAAUCUCAAAUACUAAGAGCAACUAAUGUUCGUAAGGAGAAUAUCCAGUGAUCAAUUAUUAUAUUAACGUAGUAAUACUUUGAAAAAUAAAUCGUUUUCUAGUUCUAGUUUCUAUUAAUAUUUCAAUACAUAUUACCUAGGUUUGUCCAUAAUGAAUCGAUAAGACGGUAACCAAACGGGUCUAGGCCAGAUUGUCGAAAAAAAAAGUAGAUAGGAAUAUCCUUGUUGAACUAUAUAUUUUAAUUGGGUUUCUUAGUAGAAUUUUAGUUUUUACGCUGUUGUUAUUUACUGUUAUUCAGUCCUGUGUGAAAUUGGGAUACAUCAGUUUGUUUUUUUUUUUUAAUUGGAUUUUUUUUUUUUUUUUUUUUUUGAAAUCCAGUUUGUCGUAUGCCAGAUUACCGAGACCACUUUGCCGAAUCCCAGUUUGCCGACUCAAGCACAAUGAAUUCCAGUUUUCCGGUUUUUUUCGUUCUUUUGAAAAUCAAUUAAAAGCAGCAUAAAAUUCAUUGACAGCAGCAUAACAUUUACGAUGGAAUACUAUCUUACUCUUACCAGGUCCGUGCUCUUUAUGAAGUAGUGGUGCUCGCUGGCGCCAGCAAAAAGUCAGGCCCGGGGGCCGAACUUGCGACAACAUUUUUACCUUUACAAGCCAUUCCAAAACGCUAUGCUAUUGUUAUUUAUUAGUAAAGUAGUGGCAUGUUGAUAUAGUUUAACUAUUCCUUUUGUUCUAUUCUAUUGCUGUAAAUAAAAUCGAAUUAAUCAAAUAAAAUGCCCGAUAAACAUUAUUUAUAAUAAAUAUAUAAUGUUCAAUUAAGAUAAUGCACCUUAAGGAAAUAAAAUAGGGCCAACACACGUAUGCUGUCCCCAGAAAUGUGCCGACAUGGGGGCCGAAUAGAGCCCCUAAUGACUAUAACUGAAACAUACUAUAACAUACAGAGUCAGUACAACAAUGUAUAUGUCAAAAAGUUGAGAUGUUUAUUUGGCAAUCACCAAUUCAAGACUCAGGCUGGAUAUACAUAAGCAGGAACUUAAAUAGAAGAGUUAUCUUAUCUACAAGAAUAGUUUACCAUGUGGGUUGAAGGGAUUAACAAUAUAAAGUAGGUGUGAAAAGGGUUGACUACAGGGGGCGGAAGAAGGGACACAGGGAAAGCUUAUUAAUUAAAACUAGACAAAGAAAGACUGUAUGCUAUACAAAGAACAUUACAUAAAGAAGGUAUAAUAAUUAAAACACGUAGACGUUUACUAUGAUUAUGGAAUGCAUUUAUUGGAUCCAAACGACGAUUUUCCCAGCUGCGACCUAUAAGCAUUUUUAGCUUAACCACCGCUCCGCUAUGUGCGAGCGUUCAUCCAGUUGUAUGAGAUAU